UUGUUGUUAUUCUACGCACUGCUUCCGCUCCUUGCCCUCGAACUAGCGUCGACGAUAUCGGACAGCCGUCCUCAUAAGCCUUAAAACCACAAGCGCAGUGACAACACGUGGGGGACGUAAAACCUUUCAACGGGCGGGCUCAAUUUUUGGGCGGAACGUUUUUCGACAGCCUCGAUCACGAUGAUGAUGAUGAUGGGCGCGAUGCGGGGGAUGAGGAGGAGCUUGUGCGUGGUGGUGAGCCUGGUGCUGCUCUCGGCGGUGUGCGUCAGCGCCGGGAAGCUGUGGGGCGUCGACGUCGGAAAGAAGGAGGAUAAGGGGGAGUUCGCAUCCCUGUUGAAUAAGGCCACCGGGAUGGACCGGGGAGACGGGGCGGGCGGCGGCAUCGGGGACGAAGUCGGCUCGAUACUGGCGCAGGUUGCUGACAUGGACCUGUCGCAGCUGAGCCUUUCGGAGUUGGGCACCAACGUCAUCGACAUGUUUCUGGAGACCAUCAAGGACGAGCAGUUCAUCAGCCAGUUUGCGGAGCCGGGAGUGUUGGGGGAGCUUGCUCAGAACUCAGGGCUGAGCGCACUUCUGGGGGAAGACGGCAUGGCCUCUGUGGAGAGGGAUGAUCUGUUGGCGCUCCUGGCUUUGGAGGACAGCCCUAUCCUCUACAAGACCAAGUUUUACGAGAUCGUGGACAAGUUCAUCGGGAAAACGGUGGCCUUCCGAAUGGACGUCGCGAACCCUGUGAAGCUGCGGCGCUUGGUGUUGGAAACGCUGCAGGCUGCCGGACUCGACCAACCUAUGAUUACCCAGAUCAUGGAGGUCGUGGAGCACCCGGAAAUCAUGGCUCAGCAGAUCAAGGCGAUGGCCUCCGACCCCGCCGUGAUAGAGCAGGCCAAAGCAGCCGCGGAGGGUUUCAUGACCGGGAUGGAGGUGGGCAACGAUAUGGACUACGAUGACGACGAGCUGAUGGAGAUGCUCGCCGCAAUGGGGCAAGAGGACCCCGAGAUGAUGGAGCAGAUAAUUGCCGAAAUUAUGAAGGACCCGGCCUUGGCUGAGAGCUUGGACGCCGAGGGGGGUGCCGCGGGGCUUUUCAAGGGCAUGGGGGGGGGAGCGGGUCGACAAGGACUUGCUGCGGAGUUGUAGAGAUGCUCGCUGAACCGUCGACGACAAUGGCUUGCUGCGGAGUUGUAGAGAUGCUCGCCGAACCGUCGACGAUCCUCUCUCGGGUGACGUGUGAAUUCCUUCCAUUGCCCUGGAUUUUUUUAUGGGAGGCGGAAGAGGGUGAUGCGGACAGUUUCUUCUCGGUUUGUUUUCGGAAUUGAUGGUAGGCAUGCUUUACCGGAGGGUUGGGUGCGCCGAGGGGCCACAAGACUGUUGUGCUUUGUUUUGUUCGCGGGUGUGGUUGUCGAUGCCGUUCUGUGAGCGAAGACAUCGGGUGGGGGGGACGGGGUAGCAUUGAAGGCGGGGAGCGUGGAUGCAGGAGGCGCAUGUUGGGAUAGAAGAUGGUUGACCCUGAAGAAGAGGUUCCGGAGACCGGAUGGACGUUUUUUCUUUGACGUUCGGCGGUCGAAGAUGGUGGGCGUCGAAUUGUGAAACCGGGCGUGCGCAUUAUCAGCAGCCGGGACCCCUUAUGUUUUUUUUUUUUGCCGCAAUGCGGCGGAGGGUUUCCGUGUAGAGGUUGGCGAGAACCCUUGCGUCGCGGUGAAAUCUCAAAUCUUGAUCUUUGGUUGUUAUUCUCGGGAAAGAUUUCCGCUGUUGCUUUCGUUGACGUUCGCGAGCGGUAUCGGUCCGUUGUGCCGAGGGGUGUGUCUGAGUCGACCGGACGCAUCCCUUGUCCGAGCAUUAUGGGGGAAAAGCAACGUCCCGAUAGAGAAGUUUUGGAGAAAUUGUUGUCGCUGUGAUCAUUUUUUUUUUUGU